ACCGUCAUUUUACGCUAGUGAUCUCACCCCUCUCUGUCUCUCUCCUCCCACCCACAGCACAGAGGAGGACGACAGCAACUACAGAACGACGUCGUAGAGCAGUCGUACGGUACACUCCUCUUUCUGACAGCACAAUCUAGUUAACCCCAAUCGAUUCUGAUCUCUCUGAUUUCAUCAAGUAUUCAAGCUUUCUUUUGUCUCUGUGAUCAUUUUCCGAGAAAAUUAACCGGAAAGUAUCAUUUCUGCAGCAGUUGAAAUUCAGAAUUGCGCUUUUUUUUUUGUUCAGAACUGUUUAAUUUGAUAGGGUAUUGAACUCAUUCGUGUCACUGUCUCAAUUGAAGUAACUAGGGUUUUUUCGAGUAUAUGUAUUGAAAGUUGAUAAUUAGAGUUUGAAUUUGGUAUAUGUACAGAGAGAGAGAGAGCGAGAGAGAGAGAGAGAGAGAGAGAGAGAGAGAGAGAGCUUUUUGAAUUGAGGGAAAUAAGGGUUUGGGUUUUAUGAUGGUAGAUUGAUUGAUAAUGGUGAAGCUAUUGGGAUUGACUCGAGGAGAACCAGCUGAAUCACCUCGGGAGAUUACCCGAACCAUACCGACGAGUGAGAGCGUUGGUGAGAGUGGUUGGUUAAUUCGCUUCUUUGACUCGGCCUUUUUCUGUGAGUGGAUUGCUGUUAGUUAUCUAUACAAGCAUGAUCACCCGGGAGUUCGGGACUAUCUGUGUAAUAGAAUGUAUACAUUGCCCCUUUUGGGAAUUGAGAGCUACUUGUUUCAGAUAUGUUACAUGUUGGUUCACAAGCCUAGUCCGUCUUUGGAUAAGUUUGUUAUUGAUAUAUGCUCCAAGUCGCUUAAGAUAGCCAUGAAAGUGCAUUGGUUUUUGAUGGCGGAGCUUGAGGACUCGGAUGAUAAUGAGGGGAUUAGUAGGAUUCAAGAGAAGUGUCAGAUUGCCGCGACUCUGAUGGGUGAGUGGCCACCUUUGGUUCAGGCCCAAAAUGCACCUACGAGCCCCGUGGGGAAGAACCCAGUUCUGAAUAAGUUGUUAUCUUCCAAGCAGAGGUUGCUUUCGUUGACAUCAUCGCCUCCCACGCAGAAGUCUUUAUCAUUCUCGCCUUCAUCAGGUAACUCUUUGCAGGAUGAGGGAAGUAAGCCUUUUCCAGAAGAGAAUAAGAUAUUCAAGAAAUUUAUGCCAGGUCCAAAAGUUCGGGAUGCAUUGCUGUUUAGGAAGUCAGUGGAUAGAGAUGAUGACGAAUCGGAAAAGGAUGGCUUCUUCAGGAGGCUUUUAAGAGAUGGCAGGGAUGAGGAUGUCAGGAGAUCAUUGGAUAGAGAUGACGAGGAAACAGAGAAAGAUGGUUUCUUUAGGAGGCUUCUAAGAGAUAGUAGGGAUGAUGAUGCUAGGAAAUCAAUGGAUAAAGUUGACGAAGAGUCAGAGAGGGAUGGAUUCUUUCGCAGGCUUUUAAGAGAAAGUAGGGAUGAGGAUGAGGAAGUCACAUCGAGCUCAGAUGGAUUUUUUAAACGGUUAUUUCGUGAUAGUAAAAACGAUUCCGAGGAAAAACACGUUUCAAAAUCAGUAGAAGAAGAUGAAAAGGAAGGAUUUUUCCGAAAAUUUUUUAAGGAGAAAUUUGAGGACAAGAAGGAUGGGAGUGAUAGACAUGACAAUGAAGAAAAAGUGGCGAAAUCUGCCGAAGAUGAUGAAAAAGAAGGGUUUUUCAGAAAAAUUUUCAAGGAAAAAAUUGAGGACAAGAAAGAUGGAAAUGAUGAGGAAGGCAAUGGUCAUGCCAAUGGUGAGGAAGACGAGCCUUCAGAUUUUUCAUUGUUUCGUAGAUUUUUUCGAGUGCACCCUGAGUAUGCCAAGAAUGCAACAGCGAAUGAAAACAGCCACAGUGGCAGUUUUCUUGAAAGCAGUCCAGGAACAGAAAAUUUUUUCCGCAAAUUGUUUAGGGAUCGUGAUCGUUCUGUGGAAGACUCGGAGCUUUUUGGUUCAAAGAAGCACAAAGAGGUCAGUUCACAAUUAUUGGUUGUUAUUGGAAUAAAAUGUGGAGUCUUUC